AAAGUUGGCAAGUUAAUUGGGUGAACUGUUAAUAAUGUUAAUAAUAAUGUUAAUAACCUUGAACCUUACCAUACCUACAAUAUCCAAUCUCUUUUUCUUCUUCUUCUAUUAACAACUGUAUUUCUCUGUUUCUCCGUCUGUCGUAAUUAAUCCCACGACGACGAACUUUGGGGGUGAUAGAACACCUGGGGUUUUAUUUAUUGUCUAUCAAUUGCCUGUCCUUCUUUUCCAACCUGCUGCACCUCUUGUGACCCACGCGUCCCUCCCGAUUAAUGUGUUUCAUAGUCGCUUUCCCUGUCUCUCGUUCUCAAAUCCAAAUCCAAGACAAAGUCCAAAUCUCAAUUCCAUUUCUACUCUACCAACCAUCCAUUUUCGUAAUCAACCUAGUUUCCCCAACACAAUUCUCGAACCGAAUUACUCAUUCCUAUGAGAUGCCAUUUGAUGAUAUCGCUGUACCAACCUGCCCGCUAGUGCGCUUACUUGCGUAUUAUGCGUAUUGCGCUUGGUCUUCCUGCCCGUCUACAUACCCACCUAGGUAAUAACUGAGUGUCAUCUGGAUGACACCAUAUCACCAUGACUAGGUCCUCCGCUUCGCCUCGACAUUCAGAACAGAACCCUUCCGGAUCUUCGUCUCAAUCCAUUCCAUUACAGGACCUUGCUGGCCAGCAACAUCAGCAUGAUUCUCAGUCGCAAGGCGGGGGGCAGAGGGGCCCUCCUACCGAUCGUAACUUACUCGGCAUAUCAACCUAUUGGGGUGGUUACCCACCCAGCAACGAUACCGAUCCGAGCCCCACGUCGCCAAUAGAUGCUGCCGCUUUGCAGUUUGCCCUCCCUCCAGAUAUCCAUCCUCCGCCUCCUAUCGUGCCUCGGCCUGUUACAUCCUCGACCGCUAAUCCCUAUGACAACGAAACCCCCUAUUAUGACGAGACAAGUCAUGUCGAUUACUUCGAAUCAGAUAGCUCACCUUUAACAUCGUCUGCACAGCCAAUCUCCGGCGCUUUAGCCUCGCAAGUCGAGGCGCAACCAAGAGAUAGUUUCCAGACUGUCUCGGACAUAGACACCUCUUCCCGCCCGCGCGAACGAUCUGCUCAGAUGCUCGGAUUCGACUUGGAAACCGGCUAUGCGCCCAGCAAACAUCAGAGUUAUGGAGCAUCCCUCACGCCAAAUGAUAGUCGGGUUUCGCGGGCGCCUGGAGCCCUAUACAAAGCUGGGUCGAUUGUUAGGGCCAUGUCCCAGCGUGUUGUCAAUAUCAGUGGUGAGGGGGAAACAUUUGAACAGCAACAGCAAAGACGGCAGAGGUCGCGAUCACCGAGUGUCGACGGUCGUGCGCCCCAAAGCCAUCUCUCUACGCAUACGAGUGUCGAUACAUCAUACCCGUCUCAGCUCAACCCCUCCAAUACCGAGAAGAAGGGCGAUCCCGAAUGGACCUUAUCGGAAACAGCAUUACCACCCCGUCGCGGGAGACCCAUGCCAAAUCCCUUGAAAGGUCGUUCUCUCGGCAUAUUUGGGCCUGACAACCUUGUUAGAAGAAAGCUUUGCGAUGUUCUGGUCAAUCCUUACAUGGAGCCUAUCCUCCUCCUACUAAUUGUGCUUCAAGCCGUCUUGCUUGCUGUGGAAGCCGCAAACAAUGUUUACGAUCCUGGAAACAAGCGACCAGCUCUAUGGGACCCUACCUCUGGAAUAAACUGGGCAAUCCUUAUCCUCUUUAUUAUAUUCACGCUUGAAAUAGCAGCUCGUAUCAUUGUGUCGGGUUUCAUAUUGAACGCCGCGGAAUAUAGCACCAUUGACCGAAAGAAGGGACUUCGUGGUGCUAUAUCUGAUCAGUAUAAUGCAGUAUUUCGUCCUCAGCGCCAAAAAUCGGUCAAAUCACCCAGGGAGCCGUCUUUCGGGCCCUCCACAUUUGCUCGGUCUUUCACUAUGAUGCAUGGUAGCGUCCCCGAAACAAUUGAGGAACAAUUGAGAAUGCAACUAGCACGUCGAGCCUUUCUCAGGCAUGGGUUCAACAGAUUGGACUUCAUCGCGGUUGUAUCAUUCUGGAUUGCUUUCGUCCUUAGCAUAACGGGUAUUGAAAUGACACACCAUUUGUUCAUCUUUCGAAUGCUUAGUUGUCUUCGAAUCGUUCGACUGCUUGCCCUCACUAAUGGAACAGCUAUUAUACUGCGAAGUUUGAAAAAAGCAGCGCCACUACUCGUUCGGGUAUCCUUUCUCAUUGGAUUUUUCUGGCUCUUAUUCGCCAUCAUUGGCGUGCAGAGCUUCAAAGCAAGUCUUAGCCGGCAAUGUGUCUGGCUGGAUCCCCUGCAGCCUACCAAUUUCUCUGCGGCUUUCACAAAUGACAAUACCUUCUGCGGUGGGCACUUGGACGCAAAUGGCCGCGAAGUGCCUUGGGUUAAGAGUCCAAUUCCCGGGUCUCUACAAAAUCUCACCAGCCCGUCUUCAUCGCCCAAGGGGUUUAUCUGUCCCAAACAGUCAAUCUGCCUCGAGCAGACAAGUCCGUACAAUGAUACUGUCAAUUUCAAUAAUAUCUAUCACUCUCUCGAGCUAGUUUUCGUGAUCAUGAGUGCUAACACCUGGUCCGACCUCAUGUAUUACACUACCUACUCGGAAUUCCUUCCGGCUGCACUCUUCUUUGGCGCUGGCAUCAUGAUCAUGAUGCUUUGGCUGACGAACUUGCUCAUUGCUGUCAUUACCUCGUCCUUUCAAGUCAUCCGAGAGGAUAGCAAGGCGAGCGCCUUCACAGCGGAUGAGGAUUUCCAGAUUCAGGGUACAGAAGACGAACGAAUACAAAAGAUUUCGUCAUUGCAAAAGACAUACAAUAAGACUUGGCUUUUCUGGGUGCUACUCAUUGCUUAUGAUCUCAUCUCCCAAGCUUGGAGAAGUGCAGAUAUGUCGCUUCAGCGAGAAACCGUCAUCAUCAUAAAUAGUCUAAUCGUUACGAUCCUAUUAGACAUCGAGAUUGUCAUCCGCUUUGCGGCCAACUGGAGAGCCUUUCACCGAAAUACCCGCAAUCUAUUCGAUUUCUUCCUCGCGCUAGCAACCACGAUCAUAGCUCUGCCGCCGAUUUUGGGGGACAGUCAAAAAUAUGCAUGGCUCACGAUAUUUCAAAUUUUGCGUUCGUAUCGCGUGGUCUUGGCCAUCCCAAUAACGAGGAAACUAAUUGUAUUGGUUCUUGGAAAUGCUACUGGUAUUGCGAAUCUUAUUGUAUUUGUGUUCCUCAUCACAUUCAUCAUGGCCAUAUUCGCUGUCCAACUCUUCCGGGGGGAAAUACCCCUAUAUGACGACGGAGGAGAACUCGUCAGAAUAUCGUUCUACAACAUCUUCAACUCGUUUCUCGGCAUGUAUCAGAUUCUGUCCAGCGAGAAUUGGACGAGUAUUCUAUACGAUGUGACGUCGUACACCACUAUCUAUAAUACGUCCUGGUACAAUGCAAUGUUUCUUAUCGGUUGGUUUAUCCUAGCAUACUUCAUUCUCGUCAACAUGUUUAUUGCUGUCAUUCAGGAGAACUUUGACGUGUCGGAAGAUGAAAAGCGGUUAGAGCAGGUCAAGGCAUUCCUACAACGCAAGGAACUAGGCAGUAACGCGAGUACCACUAUCACGCUAUCAGACGUUUUCUCUUUUGGAAAAGCCAAAACAAGAGAUCCUCUUGACUACGGCCCGGCAACAAUGGAAAUGCUACUGAAAGAUGCCGUCGUUCGAGAAUUCCUUGACGAUACUUUGGACUCGUUACAUCAAGAGACGACUAACGACCCUUCGGCUCGGGAGGGAGCAGCUGGCGGUGGCAUACGACCCGGCAUUCUAUCAACAAUAUGGGGACGGGUCAAAGGCAUGUUCACCAGCCGAGAGCCUAAUCCGUUCUAUUCCAACGUCCGGUUCAAUGCACCCAACAAUACCCUAGACCCCCGACAGAUGGCACGCCAGGCAGUAUCGGCCACCGCGGAGCGUCGUAAAGCUCAGCGCGAGUAUCUUGCCCGCCACCCCACUUACAAUAACUCACUCUUCAUUUUCAAGCCCACGAAUCCUAUCAGGCGUCUUUGCCAGCGACUCGUCGGACCAGGUAGGGGCAACGAGCGAUUCGAUGGCGUGGAGCCGAACAAAAUCGCUUGGUACGCUUUCACGGUAUUCAUCUAUGCGGCCAUUAUCGCCAUGGUGCUCCUAGCUUGUAUCACUACCCCCCUAUUUCAGAAGGAAUACCUUGAGCAGCACAAGGAUACGAACCGAUUUACUAGCUGGUUUGUUUGGGUUGACCUCGGCUUUGCGAUCCUCUUUACCAUCGAAGCCGGGAUUAAGAUCAUUGCCGAUGGUUGGUUCUUCACUCCGAAUGCCUAUUAUAGAAGUUCUUGGGGCACUAUAGACGGUAUUGUUCUCAUCACCCUCUGGGUCAACGUGCUCACCCUACUUUUCAAUGAUGGGGCUGUCUCCAGGGCCAUUGGUGCCUUCAAAGCGCUCAGAGCUCUUCGUCUCCUAAACAUUAGCAAUAGCGCAAGAGAUACCUUUCACUCCCUAAUAAUAGUGGCAGGGUGGAAGAUCAUCAGCGCUGCCCUAGUCUCUUUGUCUUUGCUAAUUCCGUUCGCCAUUUACGCUCUCAACUUGUUUCAUGGGCAACUCUUGGAAUGUAACGAUGGUGGUAUAUCGAAACUUGCCGACUGCUUCGGCGAAUAUCAAAGCUCGCCAUCCAACCCGGCAUGGCCACUGCUUGCUCCACGGGUUGCGGACAACUCGUAUUUUAGUUUCGAUGACUUUGCUUCCUCUCUAUUCAUUCUCUUCCAAAUUGUUUCGCAAGAGGGCUGGGUGGACGUAUCGUUUGCUGUGCAAGCGAUUACCGGACCAACCCUGCAGCCUCAGCCAAUGGCAGCGCAAGGUAAUGCCAUGUUCUUUGUGGUGUUUAACUUGCUUAGCACGGUGUUCGUGUUGACGCUGUUCAUUUCCGUGUUUAUGCGGAAUUACACAGAACAGACGGGGGUUGCAUUCUUGACAGCGGAACAGAGGUCAUGGCUCGAGCUGCGAAAGCUUCUACGCCAAAUAUCACCGUCCAGAAGCUCUUAUGAUGAGUCUGAGAAUAAGUGGAAGAAGUGGUGUCACAAGCGUGCAAUCGAGAAACGAGGAAAGUGGUACACAGGAAUCACUGCCGUCCUUGUACUUCACUUAAUACUGCUGAUGUUGGAGUAUUAUCCCGAGCCAGAUGUUUGGUCCCGUACGAGGGAUUUCAUCUUCCUAGUAUUUACCCUGGUUUACAUUGCCAAUAUCGUCAUUCGCAUUGUCGGCCUUGGUUGGAGGCGUUUCAGAAGAAGUUCUUGGGACGUCUACUCACUGAUAUCUGUCUUUGGUACUUUUGUGACCACUGUGCUACUCAAUACCAAGACGGAUAAUCAAACAUUUAUUCAGCUACAUAAAUAUUUCCUCGUCAGCAUCCUCCUCCUGCUAAUUCCUAGAAACGACGCACUCGACCAGCUCUUCAAAACAGCGGCUGCAAGUCUGACAACCAUUGUCAACCUACUGGCCACCUGGCUGGUAUUUUUCCUUGUAUUCGCCAUCGCGUUAACCCAAACCUUCAGCUUGACCCGCUUUGGGGAAAAUGAAGGUGUUAAUAUUAACUUCAGGACGGUUCCAAAUGCCCUCCUCCUUCUCUUCCGUAUGAGUGUGGGUGAAGGGUGGAAUCAGAUCAUGGAGGACUACGCGAAUAUCGAGCCGCCGCUCUGUGUAGACGACCCAGAAUUCUUGAAUAGCGACUGUGGCAGCCAAAACUGGGCUAGAUGUUUGUUCAUCGCCUGGAACCUGGUCAGCAUGUAUAUUUUCGUGAAUCUCUUUAUUUCACUCAUCUACGAGAGUUUCAGUUACGUGUACCAGCGCUCGAGCGGAAUGGCACACAUAGAUCGAGAUGAGAUACGAAGGUUCAAGGAGGCUUGGCGCAGCGUUGAUCCUAAUGGUUCAGGCUUUAUCAGUAAAGAAGCAUUUCCAAGGCUGUUGGGAGAGCUCUCAGGAAUCUUUGAAAUGCGAAUAUACGAUUCAGAAGACUCUGUUCAUCACAUCUUGGAAGACAUUCGAAGCGAUGACUCGCCUAUGAGGCAUUCAUCUAUGGCUACUGGAAGCAACCUCGGCGGAGUGGAUAUCCGGAGGUUGAACCAAAGACUUGCUCAGAUUGAUGUACGAAAAGUUCAAGAGCAGCGCCGUCGGUUCAACAUCUUUUACGAGGAGGUGAUGGUAUCCGCGGAUCCUAUUCAAGGUAUCUCCUUUACGACGGUACUCAUGAUCAUGGCGCAUUAUAAGAUCAUCAGCGACAACAAGAGUCUAAAGCUCGAGGAGUUCCUACGCCGUCGCGCGCGCCUGCAGCGUGUUGAAGAAGAGGUUCGUCGCAGGGUCGUGGUUGGUUUCUUCGAUACAAUUUAUUGGUCUCGAAAAUUCAAGAAACACAUGGAGACGAAGCGGUCGGCACGAAUGACAGCAAUUCCUCAACUAGAUGUGCCCGAUAUUUUCGUGGACGACGAAGACGAACGGCAGAAGACAGGAAAGCAACGCUCGACAUUAGCAGUGCCGCUAGGCCGGUCCGCAUCCUCCGAUUUCCUUGCCGUGUCGGACGCCUCACGGCCACUGCACAAGAGUUGGUCUUCCAGCACGGAUAUUGCGGCCUACGACUCUUCGCAAGCACACCCAUUGAGCUUACCAAGAGCAAGCCCAUCCAUGCCUGCGCAUCAGUCUCAGGCUUCUGCAUUCAGCUUCGAUCUGCAAGAAUCUGCACCGGCCUCGGGCGAAAACAGCAGGCGCGGCAGCUCAGUAAGUCCAGCGCAGGUCAGAGAGCUGCUGGACGAUUCAGUUUGGGUGGAAAGCAUUAGGCGAAGCGCAACUAUACGAAGAUCGGUUCGACGAUCGGACUGGAGCGCUCCGCGGUAAUACGACAUCCACCUUAGCUGGUGGUCGAUACAGUGAUUACACAUUCACUACAUAAUGAAAUGAUACGCUCUAGAAAAGGGGGGGAAGAAGAGGCACCGAUGACGGCCCAGGGUAUCCUUUCCCCCCUUAGAAUCUAUGUCACGAAGAGGGGAAUGAAUUGGAUGAGUUCAAAAGGCGUUCUUGGCACAUAGCGGUCUGCAUUGGGCGAGGUCACCGUCUAUACCAUAAAUCAGUUGAAUCUUAUUUUUUUUUUUUCCUUUGCAUUGUAUGUACGUAUUUUGCUCCCGUAGCAGGGGGACAUUGGGCGGGCCGACGUCUCAGGGCAUUAGAAAGGCGAAGAUACAGGAGAAGACACAUGGCAUUGUGUGUGUAGACAGACCUGCUUGUAUUUAUUUGUUUAUUUUCUCCGAGUUUGUACCUAGCAAAGAUCGGGAAAAGCCCAGGUAGAAAAGGUGAUAAAAAAAAGAUUUGAUGCUUUUACUGCGAAGAGAAGCUUACACAUUACCCG